CUUCCUCGCAGCCCAUAGGCUAAGCUUAUGGAAGGAAAUGCAACGCGUUCUUCUGUACAAUCUAUUGUGAGGAGGAAUGUGGCUGAUCUCGUUUAGUUCUGUUUUUAGCGUAAACUCCUUAUCGUAAUUAUUAAUAGGCUGGUGCUUUUACCAAAUGGACUCUUGUAACUUCGAGCAUCUGUAGUUCUUGUGUUCGCUCAUACACACGCGCUCGCGCGCACACGCGCACACACAGAGUGGGAAGUUCCUCACACCAGCCUGACUGAAGAAGAAUGAGGAAACACCAGCAAACAUCAAACUCGUGUACAGCUAGCAGGUAGCCUCCCGUCCUAAACAUCUCUCCGACCUGUCCGGAGCCGAACAAGGUGCUUUGGCUCUUCUGAAACUCAGGACUCUUCUCACAGACCGAUGGCGGUUUCUGCAGCGAGCGACAGCGUCACAUUGAACAAAACGAAUAAUGGAGAGACGGAUCACGGCAGCUCAACUCACCCCGAGUACAUAGCCUUCGGCCUGGUGCCCGUCUUCUUCCUCCUAGGGUUGCUGGGCAUGUUAAUCUGUCACAUACUGAAGAAGAAGGGCUAUCGCUGCACAACGGAUGCUGAGGAACCUGUGGAACCUGAGGUAGAUGAGGAGAAACAUCUGGAAGACGGAGAUAUGAAUGACACCUACAGCGAAGGCAACACGGACACCGUGGGCCAGAUCGUUCAUUACAUCAUGUCAAAUGAAGCUAACAAAGAUGCUCUGAAGGCCAUGGUUAGUGAGAACAGCGUAGACUCUGAAGGCGCUCCUGUAACACCAAUCACACCAUCUCCUGUGACCCCAAUCAUGCCAGCUCCUGUAACCCCUGCGAGCCCCGUGUCGCCAGGAGCUCCUGCCGCAGCAGCCAAACACACCUGUAACCACCUUCACACCAUUGGAGGAAUGAUGGGGCACAACAACACGUGUAACCGCUGCAACCAGAAGAAGUGGCCUCUCAUGUGGCGCGGCUCGAACAGGAAAAUAGACCGGCGCGCACACGUCGGAGAGGUCACCGUGCUGGCAGUUGGCAGGUUCCGUGUGACUAAAAGUGACCCACGGCCGGGUCGUGAAAGACGCAGCCUGCUGAUCACCGAGCCUAACGGCAGUGUCCCCGUCACUCCUGUAAAGACCGAGCCAGCUUCACUGAACGGCAGCACAGAUGCACCGCCCAAGGCAGAGGCCGACCAUAACAAGUGAACGUGUGGGAGCUAUAUCCGUUCAAGUGUAGUCAAAAGCAAAUUUUAAAACGUUUUAUACCCAACCACAGCAUUGACAUAGCAGCAGGGCGAAAGAGAAGACAAGAUGAAGGUUAAAGAUGGUUUUGAAGCAAAGCAGUUGCUGAAUAGGCCUUUUAAUUUGAAGUGCAGUAUUAGACUCCGACCUCUGGCCGCUGUGGUUUGUUUGCGUAUUUGGGAAGGGAGGAGGAAGGUGCACCAGUUUGUCCGAGUUAUUCCAUCACCAUGUCAUUCCUCCCUUUAUAAACACACUGCAUCAUUAACCCCGCAGAGUCGCUUUAUACAUUUUAAUGUCCGCGAGCGUAUCAAUGGUUAAUCCACAGUCAAACAUACGCUCACAUUACAUAGUAGGCUACAGAAUAGUUACCGUGACCUAAGGUCAUGUGACUCAGUUUACGACUUCCAAGAAGCAGGGACUUUUUUUUUUUUUUUGUUAAGCGCGCUCUUUUCAGUUCCAUCACUAAACAAAACUACACACACUCAACAGAAAAACUCCACGUCGGGUACAAAUUUAACGCAGCACGUGUCUGAACGCACCUGUCCCAACAUGUAUCACCUGUCCACCACAUGGCAUCCUGUUUGCCUUUUGCUUUAUAUUGAUUAGCCAAACCCUUUGUGCCUUUAAUUUGAUCAGCAUGAUGUUUAACAUAACUUCUGCAAAUGUCUGCUAAGCUGUCUUAUUUAUUACUCAUAGUGUGGCCAAAAAGCUUUUUCCGUUUGUGGAAAAUCUAUGUAUUUAUGAUGGAGCCUCACACCAUGUUUAGUGGUCUGUACUUUCUCAAUUAUCUUCUUCUUGAAGCCAUAUGCAAGAGUGUAUAGCAAUGCAAAUAAAUAAAAUCUGCUCCAACAAAAACUGGAAAGAAAAAGUGGACAAAAAGUCUAGACGAUACAGGGAGCUUCUACGUAAAAUAUAAUCACAAUUCACUAGUCAAAAUAUUGCUUCCUUCAUUAGUGCUUUAGGAAAAAUGUUGCACCAGAUCACCCAAGACUGCAUGGUUUAUUCACAUUUUAUAUACCUGUCUGGUUACCUCAUAGAAUAAAAAAAAAGAAAAGACUGUGUGACAGAAGCUAAUAUAAAUACACAAGGAAUACAGUAAUAAUAUUAUACUGGAUGUCUACUCUUAUGAUGUUACCUGUUCUGUAUUUAACCAGUAAAUAAUGUUUAAAAAAAUCAUCAGAAUAUAAACGGCCUCGUAUUGGAGAAAAAAGGCUCUUUGAUGAUAUACUGGGAAUCUCAAGUCACUACAGUUUAACCAAAACACGUUUGUCAAUAACGUUAUUAUAUGGAUUGUACGAGGACACUGAGGUGGUGUGGUUGGGGAAGGACAGAAUUGGUGAACGGUAGGUGGGUUUUAAGUGCACUUUUGUUAAAAUGCUACCCAUAAUAAUGAAAGGAGCUUUGUAUAUCUACAGCAAACAAUUCAAUACUCUACAGACAAAUAGUCAGAUGGUUGCAGUUACAGUUACAAAGAUUUAUUUUGGCUUGGAAAAAAGAAACGAUUGCCAUCUAAUCGCAUAUCAUUAGUAAAGUGUAUUUAUGUAACACAUGGAGAAUAUUUCCGAAUCCUGUUAAUCCAAACUUUCUAUUCCAAGCCUGGGGGAUCAGUCCAAAAAUGUUUCUUCCAAAAUCCCUAGGUUCCUAAUACAGAGUGCCAUCUACAGACUAUUUAAACACCGGCGCACCGUCAACUAGUCCCUGCUACCUCUUUUAGGAUUUUUUUUGUGGUGUACUUCAAGGAAAAAUUUGAACCAAAAUAAUGAAACUAUUUGUGUAUUUAAGAUGUUUUAAACAUGUCUAAAAUGUAACGGAAUGUUGAAAGUCGUAUGUUUUGAAUUGGAUUUUUUUUUUUU